AUGAAUGCUCACAAUACAUCUAUGGCCAUUGGUGUCGAGGAAGAUCCAGACUACGUUGAUCCCAUUGAAAUUACGAUUUUAAGGCAGCAGCGAGGCGUAUUGAUACAUGACAUUAUACCAUCGCAGAUUAUUCCUCACUUGACAUGUCUGACCCGUACCGACGAAGGUCGUAUCCUGACUGCUGAAAACAAAGGUAGUACGAUCGACGGAGCACUGACUUUACUGGAUCUUCUUGUUAAAAAAAGAACAGAAUGGUACGAGGACUUUUUAAAAGCACUUAGGAACGACGAGGUCAAACUCGGCCACCUCGCCGCGUCGCUGGAAGAAGGUGUUGAGAAAGGAAGACAGAGUGAGGCACAGAAAGAUGGUAUCCGAACGUUUGAAGGUGGAUACUCUGAAGGAGAGUCGGCUGCAGGCAAUCUGAAAUCACCCCCAAGUCCUGACACGGCUCAUAAGCAAUACAGCACAAAAUUGAUUCCAAGAUUUUCCCAAGAACAUAGAGGUCGCAUAGGACCGGAAAUAGCACACACUUUUUCAUCAGCUGGAUAUAUUCCUGAUGACCCACCACCACCUUACACAUCUGGUUCAUUUAUUGAAAAUCAAGGCCAACCAUUACGGGGUGCAGAAGAAGAUCUUGGAACUAGUCCUAGUCAGUCAGUCGUUAACAUUUAUAUACAUAAAGAUGCUAAAAUACAAAGUUUGCAAAUUGGAGAUCACAAUGUAUUAGAAGCCGAAAGAAAGCAAGACAAUGCUGUUUCACAUACAAAUACGGAAGACGAUGAACCAAUAGAAGAUGAUGGGGACGUUUAUUACACGGCACCUGAAGUUCAGAAAGAUGUCACACAAGGAAAUGGGGAAGUUGAAAAAUGCACACUUGAAAUGUCAAAAAUGCUCACAAACCAAACGUCAUCCACAGUUGCUGGGAGCAUUCAGAAAGUAAUUGUUACUCCAAAUUAUGAAGAGUUGAUACCUCGUAGUUACCAGGAGGAACUUGGAGGACCAGCCUGCCGUGGAUUAAAUUCCAUAAUAUGUGCACCUACUGGUACUGGAAAAACACAUGUAGCUAUGAUGAUUGCCAAACGCCACAUGGAAAAUGCUUUAGCAUCUCAAGCCCGAAAAGGUUUUACCACCAGCGGAGCAAAAGUCAUCUUUCUGGUUCACAGAAUACCUCUUUUGAACCAGACGUAUAAGCGACUGAAGAUGUACCUGCCUUUGUUUGAAAUUGGCAAACUAAGUGGAGCUUCGUCAUCAAACGUAACCUUUGAAAAGUUGGUCGAAAUAAAUGAUAUCAUAAUCACCACUACUGAUAUAUUAAAAAACAGUCUUAAACAUGGGAAGUCAUCUAUGUCAACAUUUUCUCUCAUCAUAAUAGAUGAAUGCCAUCAUGCUAUGAAAAAUCAUCCAUACAACAUAAUCAUGGCUCAGUAUCUCAAAGAAAAAUUUGAUAACAAAUCGUCCUUACCGCAAAUAGUUGGAUUGACAGCUAGUCCUGGGACUGGCAGUAAUAGUGAACUCGGAGCAGCAAGGGACCACAUUUUGAAGCUUUGUGCUAACUUGGAUGCCGGUGAAUUUGUGACAGUGAAGAACCCCCGGAAUAAAGCAGAACUAGAGAAGUUUGUCACAGACCCUGAUAAAGUAACAACAAUUACCACUCCAAGAAAUCCUGACCCUUUCCGUGGCAAAGUAGAAGAAAUUAUGGCGAACAUUGAAGGGAAAGCCAACUUUACAAAUGUAUGCCCACCACGUGGUACUCAGCCAUAUGAGACAUUCAUCAUUUUACAGAGAGAUGAAGCCAUUGCCAAUAAAAACCACGAAACUGCACAAUGUUGUGAUCACUUAAAUGAAUAUAACAAAGGUCUGCUGACAAGCGAUGUGUGUCGUAUGAGUGACGGCUUGCUGAAUAUAGAUGAGUUCUACAACGAAAGAAGGCGACGAGGUCAACACAAGAAUACUCCAAUGGAGGAUUACCUAUACAGAUUAUACAGAAGUAAUUCUGGUGACCUGUUUGAGGCAAGUGACAAAGAGAAUGAUCACCCAAAUCCAAAGGUAGUGGCAUUGAAGCAAGCAUUGAAGCAGGAAGUUCAAGAAAAAGGCAAUGAUUUUCGAGGCAUAAUUUUCGUGAAAACCAGAGUUCUAGCUAGUGCAGUUCUUGACUGUAUAAAGGAGGAUCAGGAGCUACAAAUGUUGAGACCGAGCAGACUGACAGGGGUGAAAACAGCUGGUGAUGAAAGCAUGACACAGGCUGAACAAGAUAGUAAUCUGCGAAAGUUUGCAGAUGGUGAUUGCAAACUCCUGAUUGCAACCAGCGUUGCCGAAGAAGGGCUAGACAUUAAGGAGUGCCACAUGGUAAUCAGGUACAACUACGCAACCAAUGAGAUAUCCAUGCGGCAGGCACGUGGGAGAGCUCGAGCAACUCAGAGCAAGGAGCAUUUUAUCGGUGAUGAAGAACUUGCUUCGAAAGAUCACGUGAAUGUUUUUCUUGACCAGCAAAUGGAAAAAGCAAUACAAAUGGUCCAAGGAAUGCCAAGAGAAGACUUCUUGAACGCAGUCUUAGACACACAGAAAUCUGUAAUUGAUGAAAGAAGCGAAAAGGAAUUGACGAUGCGUUUGAAAAGGGGGGAGAAUGAAGCAAGUACAGUCAAACUCUUUUGCAGAGGUUGUGAUGAAUUUGUCUUUUUUGGAAACAAUGUUUAUUUAUAUGGCGAGAGUUCACAUAUUAUUAAGGAUAUGAAUAUAAUCGAAUGCAAGAUUGAGUUUCGCGAACACACUGACAAAAAGAAACGUGAUAAAGGUAUAAAGAAGAUAUAUUGCAAAGUAUGUAGCCAAGACUGGGGUAAUACGUUGCCAUCUGGAUAUCCUGUAGUUAAGAUUGAAAGUUUCACUCUAGAGUACGCAGAUGGUAGCCGGAAAAGAAUUAAAAAGUGGAAAAGUGCGGAUUUCACAUUGGAUGUCUUACAGCGACUCCCACCGUUCAAAAAAAAAACCAAGUAA